AUGUUGAAAGCCUAUCGUGACAAAGAAACCGAACUGAACUGGGAAGACAGAGCCAAGUCGAAUACAAGAUUAAGAGGUUUGCUUCGAGGCAAUGCUACAGAAGCCCCUUACUUGGACGUUUUACUCGCAUGUGUGAAACAAAUGGUUGAUGGCAUUGUCAAAGCUGCUGAAAGUUUACGUACAAAACUCGCAGUGCAAACAUUCUCAUUGAUUGAAGAUAUCAGUAUUUAUAUCGGUAGACACUUGGAUAACUACACAUUGGAUCAAAUUUUACUUUGUAUGAUGCGUUGCUCAAGUAUCUCCAAAAAAAUGGUGGCAUCCGCUUCUUUCAAGGCCACAAACAUCUUUAUCAAACAUACUCUUUUUUAUCCCAAAAUCAUGAAUAUGCUGACUUUAUCCAUGAAUGAAAAGAAUAGUCAGAUUAGACUAUAUGCAAUUGGAUAUUUAAAAACCCUUCUACAAACUCAUGCACACAGGGAUCAUACGCGUCAAGUCAUGGAUCGUACAAAUGGUGUGAUGGAUCAUUUUGAAAAUAUCCUUACCAAAGGUUUGAAUGAUCCCACCCCCGUUCAGUUGCCUCUUGUUGCUCAAAAACAAUUGGAGAAAUCAAAAACCAUUGCAAAGCAACCUCCUAUGCCCACCAGCAGUAAAAGUUUGCAUAGUCCUACAAAUUCACCAAGAACCUCCAGUUCACUAGGACGUCAUCAUCAUCCACAUCAUGAUAUGUCUCCUUCCAAUUCAAACACAUCAAAUGGCUCAUCGCAUUCCACAGACCAAAUCAAACGUUCCAUGUCUCCCCGCUUACCACAACAUCAACAACACCAACCACCACAUAAUUAUCCACUUCCUUCCUCUUCCACCUCACCUACUCCUCCAUCCAACCUUCGGAAGACACGUGUGCCUACCUUGAACCGUAAAAAAUCAGCCAUUGGUCUCAUCAGUAAACGAAAACCUCAUUUCAUGACACUCUUGAAUAGUGAUGAUAGUAUGAUGCGAGGAGAAGGUUUAGUUCAGCUGUCUAAAAAACUUGCAGCAUUCCCUUACCCAGUCGUCAGCUUACAAUCGAUUCAUAUGGAUGUACCCAAUGCACCUCCUGUCGAUGGAGAUCAGUUGAAAGCCAUUGUUUCCAAUCAAUGGGAGGAGAAUUACGCUGUUCUUUCAACCUGGGAUAGUGUGACGGGGAUUAUGCUCAAACUUUUCACCUUUGAAGAAUAUCUACCCAAGUUAAUUUUGGACGCUCAAAUGGACGAAUCAGCUCGUCGUUCCGAAGCCGAUAUUGCCAAAUACACCUUGGCGAAUUUAGCCUUGAUUAGAGCAAAACUCUUCUUGCAGUGCGAAAACCCCGAUUUGAUUGAUAUUCUCUUCACAAGUCUGGUUCAGUAUGGUGGGUUUGUGUCGGCUGGUAAAACCCCCAUCAAUACCAACAAGAAGGACAUAACUCGCCUACCUGCAAACCGAAGAAAACUCACCAAACAGUUUCUGGAGUGGAUGGAUGAACUCGUCACACCCUUGAUCGGAUUAAACGAAGAUAUCGAUUUUACCCAUAAAGCCUAUGAAGCCGUACCAGACGAUUAUACUCUUAAUUACACCGAGAAAUCCAUGAACUCAACAUGCUGGUUUGAGUCCGAUGAUAACGUACGUCAAUGUUUAGCCAUCUUAUUACCAUUGAUUACAACUUCUACUUCAGGCACCAUGUGGCACGCUCCUCUAAUCACUUUUAUGAAACAUCUUCGCUUGCUGAACCAAAGACUCUUUGAAAAUGUCACGGCAACCUAUGAUGAUUACGCCAUCAACAAAAUUUGUCGGGUCCUCGGUAUUCAUAUACCAUCACCACCACCACCACCGGCACUUGUAGAGGAGGACAUUGCGCCUACGGUAGAAUACACGCCACGAUCACUACCGCCAGUUGUAGCCAAUCAUACGCCUACUGUAGAAUACACCACGCCAUCCCCUCCUCUCGUGUUUGAUAACCCAGAAGCGGUGGUUGAGAAUCGCGAUAGCGCGGGUAUGGUUUCAGCGGAAUUGCACCGGGUGGAGCCACAUGCGACCAUGAUCCGUCCGGAAGGAAUGGUCAUGAUUGCGGAACAAGCUCCGGUGUAUACGGCGAAAAGACGGUCCAUGGUAAACAAGGAAGAAAAAGAUUACUUUGAACAAGAGAAACAAGAGAUUACACCACCGUUGGAAGCAGAGAAGCCUGCGGAUUACUUUUCUGCAGCUCCCUUGAUGGAAGCUAAAGCCACACACCCAAUCGAAGUUUAUGAAUAUCAUCAUGUGGAUAAUCAUCAUUUGGAUGGAUCGGAUACAAUUCUGGAUGCAUCAAUAUUAGACAUCCGCACGGUCCCAGAUGCACCUGCAAAAGAACAACAACAACAACAACAACAGAAUAACAAUACAUCAUUAACAUGUAGUGUGCCCAAUGUAGAAAAAUAUCCUAUACCUAUUUACGUCUCAUUUUUCGCGCCUGAAAAAGUAAAUUAUCCCAAACCUGUGUUCGAACACAAUGCACGUACGGUGACCACGUCCAAUCAUAACGGUAGUACGACAACAAACGGUCGUAAUUUGAAGGAUAAGACGAUAUUACUUUAUGCACUCAUUGAUAAAUUAAAACAAUCAUCCUCUGACCAUCACAACACAUUUCGAAAACUCAUCCGGUUAUUUAAAGAGGUACCUAUUCGGCGAAGAUGGGACCAGGGAGGUAUUGAAGAAAGUGGGAGUGAGACAUGGGCUGGUGCAGAAGGCGAUGCCGGUAACUUUGUAGAACUGGUACAGGCCAUUCUUUACUAUCUCGAUCACUGUGGAAACGAUGAACGUUAUUUGACGGUUGCUUUGGAAUGUAUACGUCAAUUGGCCGUCACUCAAGUCGGUCUCUUUCGUUUUUAUGAAAUUAAGGUUGAUCAAAGAGGCAUGACUUUAGAGUCUCAGUUGAUGGAAAAGUUGUUACAGAUUCGAUCUAAUGAAAAUCCUACCAUAUGCAUUGCUGCAGAGGAUGCAUUGGACGCUGUUUUAAGUACCCUCACCCCUCUCACCGCAUUUGAAAUGCUCAUGGCAUUCAUCAUCCAUCGUUUACUGAUUGCACCCUGCGUUGAAACAUCGGCAGAUGUCAGGUAUCAUCCGGUUGGAUCCGCCUUUAUGUAUCUGGGUAAAUGGGUAAAAGAAAUGAAUGAGGUAUUUUACAUUGAUGAAUGGUUAAACAAGGGUGGUGUCAAUGCAUUUUUUAAGGUAACAAAAAGCAAGCCUUUUUCCCGAGAAAAAGAAGAGAGAUAUUGA